AUGGAAUCGACAACCGACUCGUCUCUUUUUUUCGCCAGUUGCAGUUCUAACUGCACGGACUAUGAUUAUGAACAUUCGGAAAUCAGGACACAAUCCGAGAAGAAAAAACGUGUGAAAAGAUCUCCCGUGCCAAAGCUUUCUCUCUCUUUCUCCUUUAUGUCUUUGUCAGAUAUGAAAAAUACGAAAUCAUUUAAAACCAACAAAGCUUCAAAGAAAACCCAAAAGGCGAAAUCUCAAAACGAACUCUUGAAGGAUUACUGCCCGUAUUCCUCCGACAAUUGUGGUUGCAGUUCAGGUUGCACGGAUUGCGAUUACGGACUCUAUACAUAUACAACUAAAAACAAGAGCAAGUUGAAAAGUAAAGACAAGAGAUUCUAUAUAAGGCCUUCGAGUAGUUUCAGACCUUUGGUAUCCCAGAAAAGUCGAAAAACUGCAAAACCAUUUAGCGCUAUAAAUAUUUUAAGAAAAAAAAAGGCAAAACUUCCCAAAAAAAAAGCCUUGAAAAGCAGCUACUCCGAAUCUUCCGGCAGUUGUAAUCGCCAGUCAAACUAUAUAAAACAUAACUUCAAAACAAAAACACUAAAAACAACUAAAGACCAAAAAUCAAAAACCAAAAAGAAGACAUCAGUGAGGAAUUUGAGAAAACUGAAAACAAUGAGAAUUGUGAAAACUCUGAAAUUGCGCAAGAAUAAGAAAGUUUCAAAGAGCGCAGCUACUAUAAAAGUAUCUGAAAGAACCAUUAUGAAAAAUUGGUUUCCUGAUUCAUCUAAUAACUAUGAGUGCAAUUCGGAUUAUACAGACUGCGAAAAGCGCAUAACUAUAAAAAGAAAAAAAUUGAAAAGCAGAUCUAGAAGAGUGAAAACUUCAAACCGAAAAUGUCGGAACUAUCUUCAGUAA